ACAAAAUUCACAUAUUAUUAUAUCUCUCCCUCUCCUCUUUCUUUCAAUCACCAUCUUCUCUCUCUCUCUCUGCAAAAUGGCAAACAAAUUAGAGAAUCACAAGCCAAAAUCUCUUGUGUGGGAUUGUGGAAGCACUCUCUAUGAUUCCUUUGAGCUCAACUCUUUCAAACACCACCUUGACUCCGCCAUAGCCUCUAGAUCUCUCUCCAUGCCUCACUUACCCGACCGCCGUGGCCCUCCGCCCCCGCUCCCCCCCUCCGUGCCCACGUCCAAGCCUUCUUCCAAGUUUUCCCGCUCCCUCUCCAAACUCCUCCGCUCGCUUUUUCGCCCCAAGCCUAACUCCACCGCCUCUAUUUUUCGGGCUCAAGAUCAACCCAAAGAUGGAUUUUACGUGUUUUAUGAAGUCGGUUCGCUCUCGACGAUCCCCGAGGUCCCCGAGGCCGACUUCGCACCCAGUUUCUCGCCGGAGAUCGGCUCUUUGGUGAAGAAGACGGCGUCUGAGAGGUUUGCGGCGGCCAACUCCCUUGGCAUCUCAUGUGCUUGAGUUGACGUUUUUUUUUUCAUUAAACCUAGAAAUUAAUUAAGUGCCAUAUAGUUAGCAAUUAGCAAACAUAUUUAUUAUAUUAUGUGUAGUUUUGUCUGUAUAAUAAUUAAUUAUAUGUUAAUAUGUGAUCUUUUUUUUUUUUUUUGUAAUUUUUUUGGGAUGAUAAUUUUGCAGCUUAAGCUUGCAUAAGUUUGAAUAUCUCAUGUCUUCCUUUUUUUAAAAAUAAGUUUAUUGACUUUUGGAUCCAAACCCUCUCUUUCUAUGGUUGACUGUAUAUGAGAAUUGAAAUAUACUUCCAUGAGAGAGGCUUGAUUAUAGAAAAUAUUUGCAUUUUCU